CUUAAUGCAUCAGAAGAAGCUCUCUCCCGGAUGUAACGAAAGGAGAAACUCUCCAUGUGAUUUUGUUACUCUCGUUAAACACGUUUAACUUCGAAACAGUUGAAAAUGAAUAUAUUUGUUUACAGACUAACAGUCUUUUUCUUUAAAGUUAUUUACGAAACCGUACCGUAAAUCCCGCCAGCUGUCGCGUAACUGCUCAUUCGAGAAGCUAACCCUGCUAAUCCACGCGCUCGUUCAUUUAUGAAGCAUGGAGAUAACCGAUCGUGAUUUUCUGAACACUCCUCCCUUAAAAACCGUCAGGUUUGGUGGUAGUGUUGUGGAAACAUUAGCCAAGUAUAAACAGGGAGACUUGAGUGACUACGAACUGCUGAAGCAUCAGCUGGCCGAUCCUGAUAUAAAGGAUGCACAGAUUAUUACAUGGCUACAAGAGUUUCGGAAUUGUAUCGCUCAGCUCACCAAAGACCAUGAACAACUCAUCUACACUCUCUUAAGGCUUCCCUGGGUGGAUCGAAGCCAAGCAGUGGCGGAGGAGUACAUGGCCUUCCUUAGUAACCUAGUAUCAGCACAGACCGUCUUCCUAUGUGCAUGUCUCCAAAUGAUCGUCAAGUACUUUACGCCGAAAAGGAUAGCCAUCUCUGAAGGAGGAGUCGAUAUGUCGGAUACAGAUGAUGAAGAUGAAUAUCUCCCCAAACAUUUCAACCGCUGCCACCAAGCUUUGCAGCUCAUCACAAGAUAUGUCCCAUCCACAAGUCACUUUCUGGUGCCCAUUUUGCAAGACAGGUUUCCGUUUGUUCAAAAGUCCUCCAGAACCCUGGAGUGUUACGUCCACAACCUACUGAAACUGAGUGUGUACAUACCGACCAUUCGACGAGACGUACUGGAGAUCAUCAUUGGACAGAUGCUUAAACUAGAUGUGAGCGCAUCCCGUUCCGAUAUCGAAGAGGCUGAAGAGAAAAUGGUUCAAAGCCAUAUGUCAGGCAACUCUACUGAAGAGGCCCUCUUUGAUAUGGACGAGGACCUGCAGACAGAUGAGCCCCCCAAUUUGGAAAUCAUGUCCCACCCGGUGGCUGACAGGCUUGAUUCACUCAUGGCAAUCCUGUUGGCGUAUAUCAAGGAUGUCUGCCUCGUCAAUGGCGGUCUUCAUACAGACAGAACAAAGGAAUUGUACAGGGACUUGUUGGAUGUGUUUGACAAGCUCAUCUUGCCCACACAUGCUUCGUGUCACAUCCAGUACCUGAUUUUUUACCUCUGCAGCUUCAGGCUGGUGAGUCUGCUGCCCCUUUUUUUUUUCCUCACGAGGGUGGCUGUAUUAAUAUUAAAUCAUAAUUCUGUCUUCAAGGCACUCGCGGAGGCUUUCCUGGAGCACUUGUGGAAGAUUCUGCAGAGUCCAUCUCAGCCCGCUGUCCUCCGCCAGGCUGCUGCGGGAUACAUGGGAAGCUUCCUCGCCAGAGCCAACUUCAUCCCUGUGCUCACAGUACGGGCGUGUCUGGACCUGCUCAUCCCGUGGAUCCAUCGCUACAUCGACAGUCAGGAUAGUAAAGGCGGGCAGGCCUGCUGUGACAUCAGCCUCCAUGGACCCUUCUACACCGCCUGCCAGGCGGUCUUUUACACCAUCAUCUUCAGACAUGGAGCCAUUCUGGCGGGAGACAUGAAGAAAGGCUUGGAGUACCUCCAGAGUUUGAACCUGGAGAGGGUGGUCAUGUGUCAGAUGAACCCGCUUAAAGUGUGUCUCCCAGCAGUCACCAAUUUGUUUGCAGCCAUCACCAGGAAAUAUCAGGUGGUUUUCUGUUACACCAUCAUAGAGAGGAACAACCGCCACUUGUUGCCCAUGGUGCACAGCUCUGCAGGAGGUGACAGCGUGAGCACCAACACCAACCCCUUGGACAGCUUCUUUCCUUUUGACCCCUACCUGCUAAAAAGGUCUGGUGAACUGAUAGAGCCUCUCUACCAGGUGUGGGAGGAGCCGGCAGACUCGGAGCUGGUCGUCCCUAAAAGAGUCCCUCAGGGCUCGAAAGAGGACGAACUUGACUUCCUGGGCGGGGAGACGCCGCAGGGCGACGAGAUGGUCGGGAUGACACCCAACUCGUUUGAAUCCAACCCCAGUAUCGGCUCACCUCCCAUCUACUUCCAGAGACAGUGCUAGUUCCACAUGGCGAACUGUCACACUUGGCCGGGUCAUCCUGAGACCUGACGAAUAAUAUUUGUAAUGAUUCACAUUGCAUUCAUAUCAGGGUGGAAACAUCUCGGAGGCAACUUUCUCAUCCUGUCCUUUUAUGAUUUUUUGUUUUCUCUCUAUCUGGUGCAAUAGCAAGAAACAUUAAUGACGUUAGUGUUAGAGCCGUAUACUCUCAAAAUAUUUUAGGUUUUGUUUGAAUUUUACAAGCAGUUGUACAGAUAAGUUUUCCUUUUGGUGGGGAUAUAUAAACUAAUGAUCCUUGUUAUAUUUGCUUCUGUGAGCAUGGGGCACACCAAAUGGCUUAUUUUGGUUUUAAGUUUAUUCUCUUCAGUUGUUGAAAAAUCUGCUCCAGUUGUUACUGGAAUAGACUUUUGAUAUGAAUUUGAAUAACGAUAAGUCAUUUAUCAGUUAUUCCUUUAUUAUAAAAGAGUAACAGAAAGAAUGAGGCCACAACAAAGAUUCAGUCUGGUUGAAAUACAGGACAUGAUAGUCAUUUAUACAGUAUGUGCGUUGUUCAUAGAAAUAUAAAGAACCAUGACGGAUGGAUGGCUGUUUGGACUCUUGAUUACGAACGACACAAGAUAACACAACAGGAGCUACAUCGGUGAUUUCCUAAUAUUGUACAACAACGUCCCUCGCAUCAUGCAAUGAUGUUGACCCAACAAACUGUUCAGGUUGGUCUUGCGUAUCAACGCAAAAUCUUGCUCUGCUUCCAUUCACAAUGGGAGAAACAAUUGAGGU